GGUGUCAUUGAGCAACCCAGGGAAAGACUUGCAGCUGAAAUUCGCCAAGCACUUUGUAGUAGCUUUUAUUGUUUGGGUUUAUAGCCAGUUCUUCAUUGGCUGUGGAGCCCAUAAUUUGACAACAAAAUCUGAUGAUUUGAAAAGGCACCUGAUUCAUUUUUUCUGGAGUGGAGAAAAAUACAGAGCCACUUGAAGUACUUUUGCUCUGUGAAACCUCUGUGUUGAAAAUUAAGGUGGUAAAAAUCUCACAAGUGCUAACAGAUGAGCUUCAUUUACAAUGUACCAGACCAGCAGGUCGACUCAGAAGAAUUUGACUUUUCGGUACUUUUUGAUAAUAGUCACGAUGAAGACUUUGCCACAAAAGAGGCAGAAAAUGUUGCUGCUUCUCACAAAGGCAUUGUUCCUCCUUCUGGGAUUGGUUAUCCAACUAUGGAUGUCUCCCACUAUGGAUCUCAGUCAUGUAGCUCCAUGGCAUCUGCAGUACUAGUUGGAGAACACAUGAGUGGAUACGGCCAAGUGGAAAACAGAGAUUUCAAAAACUACCUGGAAGCUGCAAAGCCCCCUGUAUCAUCUGGAGUAGAAAGCCCAAGAAUCGAGAUCACACCAUCACCUGGACUGUUUCAUGCAGUCAGCUGCGGAGAGCAAGCAUAUCAUUCUCCCACUGCAGUUCCUCGAGUUACUUUGCCUGUGCCAGGCUCAGAAAGCAUUGUAUACAGAGACCCACUGAGUCCAGCCAGUAGUGGCUCAUCCACAAGUUGGCAUUCCUUUGUGUCUCAUGAGUCGAGCUGUUCCCACUAUGGAAUGUCCCCUCAGACAUCUCCACUAACAUCGCCGUGUGUCUCCCCAAAGAAUGGCUCCGAAGAAUAUCAAGGUCAGGGUGCUCACCAUUCUCCAAGAACAUCUCCUGUCAACUCCCCAUCAACUCACACUGAAAAUUGGCAGGGUGCAAGGUCACCAUCCCCGACCCCCCGACCUUCCUCGAGGUCGUCAUCACCCUGUGGAAAGAGGAGGUAUUCCUGCGACCGCUCAAGAACUCCUUCUCCACAGGCAUCGCCAAGAGUUAUUUCAAGAGAUGAACCUAAUUUUCACCAAUUUUCAAAUUCUGCAAGUCUUGCUGAUGCUAUGAGCACUCUCACCACAGAUUCCAACAAUGAAAUGCUUCCAACAAAGGCCCGGAUCAUGGAUCAUACACCACCAUCCUCCCUUAAAACUGACAUGUGUAAAGGUGAAAAACUUGCUAGCCUUUCCACACUGAAUUUUGCCGAGUUUUCAGGGCCAUGUCAGGAUGUGAAGAAAGAUGUCUAUGGUAUUGACCCAUUUUUUCUGAUGCCCCCUCAUCCAUUUCAUUGGACAAAACCCAAACCAUCCUGCAGUGUCCCUUCUCUCCCUCCUUUGGAGUGGCAGCUGCCAAGUGUAUCAGGACCAUAUGCAUUGAAGAUUGAGAUACAGCCUAAGCCUCACCAUCGGGCACACUAUGAAACAGAAGGCAGUCGGGGGGCAGUUAAAGCACCUAGUGGUGGCCAUCCUGUUGUCCAGCUCCAUGGCUACAUGGAAAACAAGCCUUUAAGCCUGCACAUAUUUAUUGGAACAGCAGAUGAGCGGCUACUGAGACCACAUGCUUUCUAUCAAGUCCAUCGCAUCACCGGCAAGACAGUCUCAACCACCAGCUAUGAAAAAAUCUGUGGAAAUACCAAGGUUUUAGAAAUCCCGCUUCUGCCAGAGAACAACAUGAAAGCAGCGAUUGACUGUGCUGGGAUCUUGAAGCUGAGAAAUGCUGACAUCGAAUUGAGGAAAGGGGAGACGGAUAUUGGCAGAAAGAACACCAGAGUGAGGCUUGUUUUCCGGGUACACAUUCCUCAAGCUAAUGGCAGGGCUCUCUCACUACAGGUUGCUUCCAACCCCAUUGAAUGCUCUCAGAGAUCGGCACACGAAUUGCCAAUGGUGGAAAAGCAGAGCACAGACAAUUGUUUGGUUACGGGUGGACAACGAAUGAUCCUCAAUGGUCAAAAUUUUACUACCGAGUCAAAGGUUCUUUUCACAGAGAAGACUCAUGAUGGACAACAGAUAUGGGAGGUAGAGGCAACAGUGGAUAAAGAUAAAAGCCAGCCUAGCAUUCUCUUUGUUGAAAUUCCACGCUAUCGGAACCAACAUAUCCACGCAGCAGCCAAGGUGAACUUCUAUGUUGUUAAUGGAAAAAGGAAAAGGAGCCAACCACAGAGAUUUACAUACCUCCCUGCAGUGCCUACUAUUAAAACAGAGCCUACUGAUGAGUGUGAAGACACCAUUUUCUGCAAUACUAUACAUCAUAGAACCAUGUCUCAGUUUUAUUCUACGCAGCAGGUCAUGACCCCAGUGAUGGUCACUAACCCCACUUCCUGCCUUGGGGGAAGUAUGGCUUCCUGUCGUUCUGGAUUUUCUCCACAUGAUUCUAAGUACCAGCAGCAGAAUCCAACAGGAGUUGUCUAUCAGAGAUCCAAAGGUGGCAGUCCUAAUCAUCUUGGCUAUCAACCACCUACAGUUAUGGUGCCAUCAAUUCCCAUAAUUCAAGAUGCUCACAAAUCAGUGUUGGUGCAUGCCGGGUCACCAGUCCAGCCUUCUAUGACACACCACUCUCCAACCAAUCAGUCUUCCACCAUAAUUCAUCAUUCCCAUAACAACCAUGAGUCUUCUUCCAUGAUUCACAAUUCUCCAACCAAUCAUCAAUCACCUCUGAUACAACACUCCCCAACCCAUCAGCAGUUAUCUUCUCUGAUUCACCAUCCACCAAGUAGCCAGCAGUUGAGAUACAGCAGCCACCAGGAUUAUCAGCACCAGGUAUAUUCAGAGAAUGAUGCCCAUGUGCCUAUUGUGCGGUCUAGUACACCACAAGCAGUACAUCAUAUGCAAAAAAAUAGCCCAAAUCAGUAUGCAGCUGUGAUUCAACAACAGCAAACAUCCGAUGCAAUCCAGAAGGUUUCCAAAAAUGGCACUUCACCAACUCACCUUGCAUCAUUGAUACUGGAUCAGCAGGAGAAGGAAACUACAGUUACUGGAGUCACAGUGAAACAGGAACCACAGAACCUGGACCAGGCAUAUUUGGAUGAUGAAACUACAUGGGACUUCUUCCAAAGGCUGGAACACUUUAAUAAGUUAAUGAAAUUAUAAGGAAAGAUCUUUCUGGACUCACUGCCACAAGCCAGUCUUAGACCCACAAAUUCGCAAUGAAUGCUUCCUAGCACAACCUUGGAAAUUCUCUGCACUUCCAGUGACGCCCUGUGUUUACCAAUGGGUCAGCCGAAAGGUUCACAUUCAGCUGCACAGAACAAUAUGCUGGCAAGGAGUUAGCUACUCUGACUAAUCAUCAUGGGAACUUCAGCUUAGCAACUUUUCCUCAUUGUUUCCAUUCAUUCAAAGUCCUUAUUGGGUCCAGAAACUGUAUUUUUAGUUUACACGUGUUAACUUUUGUUCAGUUGGAUCACACCCAUUUCCACCCAAACUUGCAAAAAAGGACUGACCUGCAACCCUCUCCUUUGGAUAUUUUAGCUUCUUUAAGAAAAGUCUCUUCCUCAUGACUUCUUUAAUUACAAUAGAAGAGUCUCAAAUUUGCAACCAUUUUCGUACUUUAGAUCCAAACAUGAUUUGAAGUGAAAAUGAAAAGUGCUGGUAUGAAUAGGCAGUUAAUUAUAAGAAUGUGCAUCUCCGCCAAUUUGGCAUCCUAGAUCAAAGCACCAGAAUGAUCUAUGCUCAUUUAUAUAGGUGGUUGCACGCUAUAUUGGCAUAUGCUGCACCAUGCGACUUUGAACACUGGUAAAACAGGAUUAGGCCAUUUAGCACCUUGAAUCUGUUCUGCCAUUCAAUGAGAUCAUGUCUGAUCUGCGACCUAACUCUGCUGCAUAACUCUUAGCAAAAAAUCUACUUAUCUCAGCUUUUAAAUUAACAAUUGAUAGAGCAUUACUUGCCCUUUGCAGAAGGGUUCCAAAUUUAUGCCACCCUUUGUGCAUAGAAGUGUUUCCUAAUUUCACUCCUGGUAGAUUUGGCUCUAAUUUUUAAACCAUGUCCCCUGCGCAAGACUCCCCAACCAGCAGAAGUAAUAUCUCUACCUACCUUAUCUGUUCUCCUUAAUAUCUUGAAAACUUCAACAAAUCACCCCCUCACCUUCUGAAUUCUAGAGAAUACAAUCCAAGUGUACUGUUCUGUUUCCUCAUAACUUAACCCUUGGGUGCAGGUAUCAUUCUGGUGGAUGUAGGAACAUAUUUUUUGUAGGUAGCAGCCAGAAAGUUAAAAGUGCUACAACAAGUUAUUGGCUUACAUUGAGCAGUAGUAAUUAGUGAAUGAUCAGCAGAAAACAAGAUUUCCAUUUAAAUAAAGUACAUUAUUCCAUGUCCAAUGGAGUGUGACAACCAUUUAAAAAGCAUAGUUAGCACAAAUAGACUGUACUGAAGUUCUUGAUUUUUUCUGCCACAUCCUGUGAUAUUGGUGAUGUAACUAACACAUGAAGUCACAUUACCAAUCUCACAAGCUUACUCUGAGAAAAUUGUAGAAUCAAACAGCAACUAAUAUUUAUGCUGAUUCACCAGAUAUUCGAUUUAUUUAACCAACAUCAUCAGUCAUUGCACAUCUAGUUGUUAACGCAUAAAGCUUUUAAUAAAUAAAUCCUUUCUGUAUACUUAAAUAGAUUUCCCAUUAUAUAAGUAAAAAAUCUAAUUGCUAUUUCAAUAAAUACUUCAUGUUAGCUGUUUGCUAUAACAGUUAAAUCUACUUUUUUAAAAAGCUGGGAGUGAAGUUAUUAAGUUUUCAAAAGAAUCAAGAUAAUAUCAACUAUGUGUUUAAAAUAUCUGGUGUAUAUGUUAUGUGUUUAUUUUUUGAAGUUAUUAAGUUCAGAGUACAAACUUCUCUAAUGCCCAGGCAACAGGUUCCAGUUUUAUGGUCAAUAUUUUGGGGGCUUUAAUCACCAUUGUUAAAAACCAUAAUAUAACGCUUGUAUGUAUCUCAGAUUGAAUAUUGUUAUUUUUCUGAAUUUCUUCUUUAAAAUGGAAUUGCAAUAUUUUCAUGAAACCGAUAAUAUGGCACUUGGAUUGUUUCAAGUGUCACCAUCUCUAGCUGGAUGCUUUUGAAUUCAUCAGUCUGAUAUCCCAACAAAUUGGAUGAUACAGAUUUUGAGAUGUUCAAGUCCUCAACAUACUUUUCAUUUUCUCAGAAUACAGGAUGUCUUUCUUGACACUGGGAUCUUGAGCAAAUUAUGUUACAAUUGAUACUUAACACAGUUAUCAUUGGUAUUAAAUGCAGGACAACAAAUUAAAUGACAGCUUUAUUUUUCCCCCAUUGGUAAAGCUGGCAUAUUUUUACAGAAUCACUAGGAUCUUGGGGUUAAUUAUUACUCAGAACUCUGGAGUGUUUCCAUUAAACACUUGAAAUGUUUUUGAUGGCACCCUGAUCUCAAUUCUUGUGAAUCUUUGAUAUCGCACAACACUGGUGCUAUAUCAACAGUCCCACUAUAAAAAUAGCACUUACAGCUGACCUUCCAAUUCUGAUGGAGUGGAUAGUUUAACCAGUUUUUGAUCCAUUAUGAAAUCUCCCUGCACCUCUCCUACUGAAGUGAUCCUUAUGUUUCUUGCACUGAGGGAGAUUAUUCCUUUUCAGUGUAAUUUCAAUGGUUGGUAAGGUUAAAUGCACAGCUGAAUUGAAUUUCAAUGUUAUAACUAUUAAUUUGUUACUUCUAACUGCCAUAUUGUGGGGCUAUUUGUAACCUAAUGGCACUAUAAAAUUAUCCUGUGUGAUUAGUUGCCAAUAGCGCUAAGCCCCAGAAUUUUUCAUAUUUUUCAUAAUGUGAUAGAUAUUUUUUGCAAAGAAAAAAUUGUUCAUCCCCCCAUUUUGCUAAACUGUAAAAGACUAUUUCUUGAGCACUUUGGCUUUCCUAUGGGCACCCAAUUGUUUUGAAAGCCCCCAGCACCUGGACUGGUUUGUAAUUUGGUGCCUCAUUAGAGAUCAAUCAGCAUUGUCUCUUCAACAGUCUAUUCUGCUUUAUAAAUAAAUACAUUAACCUUUAGUCUCAACACCUAAGUGAUAUUAUAUGACUUCAAAAUGUUUUAUUGAUGUGUUGAAUGUAGAACUGAGAAAGCUCAAAUAAGGCUUUCAUAUGGAUGACUUUAUUUUAGUUUUAUAUUUUGUUUAUAUUUAGCUUGCUUAAAUUCAAAGUGCUUCUUACAGUAUUUUCAUUCCAUAAUAACUGAUUAUCAAGAACGUCACUGAUUUGUUAGAUGGCGUUUCAUAUGUUUUAUGCUUGACUAUGGAUACUGCCAAUUGAUGUAAAUAGCUUGUAAAGUAGGGAUCAGAAAUGAGAAGCCGUUAACCGCAGUGGAAUAUAAAUGAUAGGGAUGGCAUUUUCUAAUCUUUUAUUGUAAGCACAUUACUUUAUUUUCUUUCUCCUUUAAAAAGCCACGCUUAAGUUUAGCUACUGUUAAAAAAUGUUUGACUUUUGCUGUAAAUCUAUCUGAAGGAAUCUUCUUUAAGAUUUUCUCUUGUCUAUUAUUUAUCAAUGAUGGAGAGAACAAUCUCCUAGCUUUUGCUUUUGAACAUGAUGUUUCCUGUGUCAUCUACAAUUGGUCUCCCAUCUCUGACUUAAUGUUAUAAUCAAAAAAGUAUAAGAACCAGUAACUCCUUCUACAAGUCCCAUAAAAUAGCCUAUUGGGUCCUAUAUUACAAAUUGAAAUUUUUACUAUUUAAAGAGGUGUAUUACAGCAAUAUAUAAUCUUGAUAAAUUUAAUAUACGUUCUAAUUUAGUCACCCUUCAGAGAAUUCCUUUUCAUAAUCUAUUCCCCUUUUCUAAAGUGAAAAGCACAUUAGUAAUAGCACUUAAUAAAAGUCAUAAAUCAGAAAAGCAGGAUGAAGCUAGACAAUCCAUUUAUUUGAUAUCACAAUUCAUACAUUUAAAACUCAAAUCUUUUGGGAAAAAACUUAUGUGAAUUCAUUUGGACUAAUAAAUGGGCUGAAGUACAAAUAAAUUUACAUGCUUAAUUUAAUUUCAUGAUUCCAAUCUUUAGUGAUCACCAUAAGGAAUAUUGUUCUUUAUAGAGCUGGCCCUGAACAUUAUUGUGUAACAUUAUUGCUUUUAUUUGAACAUUUUAUACUAUUGAAUAUUAUUGUUUUUGUUUCAAUAUGCACAAUGUAGCUUAUAGACCUAUUUUAUUACAAACAUAUAAAUACAUAUCAAAAGGAAAGUUAGUAAUUGAGGUUAAAGUGGAAGAUGUUUAGAAGAGUCAGCAUCUUGUAAUGUGUAAUGUAAUUUGUGUACAGUUUAUUAUUUUUUCUUUAGAACAUUUUCAGCUCCAAAAUUAUUCUCAUUGCUAUCUUUUGCCAAGCUGUUUCAGUUCUUUCAAAGCUGUAGUAAGUGAUGCACAAAAUCCCUCUACCAACAGCUUUUAACCCCUUAAAAUCAGCAGUGCUGCAGCUUUGCUGUAUCUACAUAUGAUGAGCAAGGACAUCUUGUAUUAGUUUAUUUUGGAUGAUGGCCACAUUUGUACACGAGGAAACACCAUCUUUCCUCAGCUGUCUGAAUGUUUUGCUGCAAUGCCUUCCUGUCAUUGUACCGAGAAGAUUUCAAAGAAGAACCGCUUGCCAAAAAAAAACAAGCAUGUUUUCCACAGCCCUCUAUAAAAUGAAAUAUUGAAUUUCUCAAUAGAGAAAUAGUCUUUUUUUUUGCUAAGCAGCUACCAAGCAAAGCAUGUAUUGAGCCAACAAAGCUCUUAGCAAUGGUCAACUACAGAAAGCUGACUCAUACGGGGUCUGAUAGCAGAAAGAAUGUGAUAAAGUGAAGAUUUGCACUGUUAAAUGUAAUGAGUUUAUAAGUGCCAUUGUUUAAGAGCAAUAUAUUCCUUCUGAAUGUAGAACUUCUCUAAAGACAGCACUAUAUUUUUUUGUAAUGUAAAGAUUUCUGCUGCUUACCUUUGUACUCAAAAAAGUUCUCAGUAACUAUCUGAAAAGCAUGUUGUUAUUUUAGAAAUUUUGCAAGUUUUUUAUUCUGUAUUUCUCUAGGCCAUGUACCAGUGUUGGUACUAUUUGCUUUAUUUGCCUGCCUCUUUAACCCCUUUAGUGUCAGAUCUUAACAGGAUUUAUACUAACAUAUUGUAGUCAAAUAUGCUUUCAAAUACUAGUUAUACAUAUAGAAGUAUUUAACAUUUAUUCAAUGUAAAGAAAUAUAUUUACUAUGUUUUCAAAAAACUAAGAACAGGCACAGAAGGGGUUAAAAAAAGUCUGACUAAUAUUGACAUAUAUUCUUUAAACAAUGUAUUAAAUCAUAAACAUUUGUACUCUGCUAAUUAUAAUAAAUUUUUCCAUUGUCUUGCUUAGAUCUGUGCAAUUUAUCAAUAAAAGCAAAAAAAAGCUGGA